AGGUGGGACAGAAGGGCAUUUCUUCAAAACGUGACACUUCCAUUCUUCCACAAACAGGUUAAAAAAGGGACUCUCCCUAUAUGCAAGACUCGUCAAAACCCACACCACAGCUACGUAGUACGUUGUUUUGUUCUCAAUUUCUGAGGUGUGUGUGCUAUUUGUUGUAAUUUGUACCCUUCGGUGUCAUUUUCCUUAAUCUCUAUCUGGUGCAAGUGAUAGAGCUCUCUCUCUCUCUCUCUCUCUCUCCGUUGAUCACACGAAAAACCCGUUUUUGGCUCCAUGGAAGAAGACCAAGAGUCUCGGCAUCAAAGGGAAAAUCGAGGGUCUGUUCCUCCGGAAGGAGAAGGGUUAGGGGGUAAUGGAGGAGGUGUUAACUGCAAUGAGAUUCGUUCUUUCACGUGCGAUAUCUGCAACAAAGGUUUCAGUUCGGGUAAAGCUCUUGGUGGGCACAUGAGAAUCCACAACCUCUCGAGAAAACGGGUUCAUGGGGAGAAACAAAGCACCGGUGAUGCUGCAAAAUCCAAGACGGCGAAAUGGGUGAUGGUGGAUGGUAACCCCACUUGUUCCGUUUGUGGAAAGACCUUUUCUUCCAGGAAGUCCUUGUUUGGGCACAUGAGGUCUCACACUGAGAAGCCGAGGAAGGGAAUUCGAAGCAACGCUCCGAUCGUUCGUGCCUCCUCCAAUUCCACUUCUUCCUCAACCCUUUCUGAUGAUUUGACCGUUCAUCUCUCUCUAGUUCUCAGGGGUUGGUCCGUCACUGCCAAGAGGGGCCGCAUAAGCUCUUCUUGCAGCAAAUCAGAUUCUGGUUUGGAAGAAGGUGAUGAGAUUGAGCCACGUAUGCAAGAGGCUGCGUAUGUGCUCAUGUUGCUGGCCAGAGGGAGUCCGAAGUGCGAGCAAGUGGUUGUCGCUGAUCAGAUUCAAGAACAUCCAUUCAACAAGAGGGGGCGUGAAGAGGAGCUGUCACACCCAGUUUUGGGGAAUUCUGAUGACGUGAAGAUCAAGAAGAGAAAUAGAAAGAAGGUGAAAUUAACAGAAUUAGCAUCAACUGGGGAAGAAGGGAACAGAUUCGCCAGAUGCAGAAAAUGCAAUACAAGUUUCCCAAGUCACCAAUCUUUGAAUGAUCAUCUAUGCAGCCUUCAAAAUUCUAAGAACAUUGAGUCUCGGUCACAUGGUGUUUCAGCCACAAAAGAAGAGCAUCAUGCCAAAACAACCAUACAGGGGGAGAAAACAGGACCAGGAACUGUUUUAGAGGAUAGAGCUGUGGAAGCCAUGAGAGGGUAUGAGUGUGAAGUUUUGAAGGAGACUUUCUCAAUCGGUCAAGCCUUUGGGGACCACAAGAGAUCUGAUUGGACCAGGAUGGGAGAAGGUCAGUCAGCUCAGGCAACUUCUUCAAACAUGGGAAAUGGUCAGAAUUGUUCCAAGGUUCUGAGUUUUGAUCUCAAUCAGAUUCCUGCUAUGGAUGGGGAAGAGGGUGUUCAAUCAGAUUUGUUUAUUCCUGCCAACAUUAUGACAUCAUCGAGUUAUGAUUCCUCUUGCUAAAAAUACCUCUGUCACUGAUCAGUGAAUAAGAAUUUGAUUUUUGACCAUAAUAGGGCAUGCAUUGUAUUAGCAAAGAUAGGUACUCUUCACAGCAAGUUAUGCACUGUUAACAAUUGAUUGUCUUUAGUAUUAGCUUCCUCUGGUGAGACACCACGGGGAACUAUCUUAGCUGUUUCCUAUGCUUUUGGUAGGGUCAUGAACUCUUGUUUUUUCUGUAUUUUCUUUCUUCAUGUGAUGCAUGCUGUGUACUGCAAGCCUAUAGCUUGCUGCAAAAAGGAAGGAUCCCAAAGGGCAUUGUGGGGCUUUCAUUGUUUA